AUGCGCUACUCUUUGAAUCUCCUUGCCCUCGCGGCUCUCGCAACGGCUUCGCCUACCACCCAGCCAGUAGACUUCGCUGCCAUCCUGGCCGCCGCCGCACCAACUCUGGUUGGACCCCCCGCCUUGGCCACAGGCCAGACCGGCGUCUACAACGCGGCUGCUGCUUCUUCAUCUGCUGCUGCUGCUGUCACCGGCGUCGCCUCUGCCAAUGCCACCCAGUCUAUCGCGGCUCGUAACGUCCUUGACAAGCGCACAUUCUGCUUCUUUGGCCUCUGCUGGGGACCCACCACGACUCCUCCGGCCGCCGCCAAGACCACAUCGAUCUGCAACACUCCGACCACUCCCGCUGCCGUCACCACCCCGACCAAGACUACGGCUGUUGUCACAUCCUCUGCUGUGAUCACAUCUGCCCCUGUCAUCACGGCUCCUUCAACCUGCACUCCGGUCAGCUGGACCAACACCAACGCUUUCACUACCGCGACUUCAUGCUCUGCUCCUUAUGAGGUUGGCACGUACUGUGGCUUCAUCAACCCCGAGGACCCUUGUGCCGUUCAGCCCGAUGGAUACGGUACCCAGGUCCAGCCUGACACUGUCGCCGCAUUCGAGGCAUUCCCUGAGUUCCACAAGGAUGCUCAGUCAGCCAUUACGCCUUCCGGAUAUGCCUCCACCUUCACGGACCUAGACGCCUCUGUCAACGCCAACAGCUACCUCGGCCUGUACACUCUCAAGAGCUACGAUGUUGCUCAGUGCGCCAGCUACUGCGACAACACCAGCCUGUGCACCGGUAUCAACAUCUACAUUGAGCGUGACCCCUCCAUCAACCCCUCGGGCUGCUCUUGCACCAACCCGGCGUCGAUCACCAACUACAAGUGCACUCUCUGGGGCUCCGGCGUCGAUAAGGCUGCCGCGACCAACACCGGCCAGACCCGUGACGGCUUCCAGGUUGUGAUUGCCGGCUCCAACGGCUACGAGAAGACCAACACCACCACUCCCGUGACCCCUCCCGGCUGGACUAACCCCCAGGGCUGCGGCGGUGUCGCCCACUCCCACCCCAGCACCUGCAUGGGUCAGAAGUUCUUCCCCGGUCCCUUUGACGCCAGCCUCUGCGCCACCUACGCCGCCUCCCAGAACGCCCAGAACUCCAAGUCCAUUGGUCUCAGCUCCUGGGCCAGCUUCUUCGGCUACAGCCCCCUGAAGUGCAACUUCUUCAACGCCUUCAUGGUCAAGCAGAACGGAGUCGCCAAGGGUACCUACUGCAGCCUCUUCACCCAGCAGUACCAACCCUCGGCUGCUUCCUACAUUCCCUCUUUCUCUGCCGGCUUCUCGUGGAGCAUUGAGAGCUCCUGGAGUUUCUGCUCCAAAUAA